ACAUGCUGAUGCAUAAAAGGUCCUACGUGACAAAACCAUUACAUGAAACAUUGGGAUUCCUCUUGGCAUCAUGCACGGUCUACACAAACUCCUGUUUUUCUGUGUUCUGAUAUGUGUGGAAGAAAAUGCACUUGGAAGUGAAAUAAUACACGGUCAAACUGUACCGGACGACUUAAUGCUGUACAUGGCCUCAGUACAGAAUGACAAGGGUAUCCACCUAUGUGGAGGUUUUCUCAUCAGUGAAGACUUUGUAGUUACCGCUGCACACUGUGAUCCUAAAGGGAAGCCCAUAAGUGUUGUUCUCGGCACCCACGAUCUCAACAAGGUUAAUGAGACAAUGAGAUACCAAGUAGAGAAAUGCAAACACCCAUCGUACAAGGAUGUUGGAAGUGGCAACGAUAUAAUGCUCCUCAAACUGUCUACAAAAGCAAAACUAGGCCACAGAGUACAACCUGUUCAGCUUCCGAAGACAGAGAUGAAAGUGAAAGACAAAGCAAAGUGCCGUGUAGCUGGAUGGGGUCGUACAUCAACAAAUAGUAAAACUUCUCCUGUUCUGCGAGUAGCAGGGGUGUCCAUUAUCAACCAUAAGACAUGUCAGAAGGAAUGGGCUACAGUUAGACGUCCACCUCUUCCCAAAAACAUCAUCUGUGCAGGUGGAUAUGGCACUGAUAAAGGAUUCUGUAGGGGUGAUUCUGGUGGUCCUCUGGUGCACGGGGGUGUGGCGGUUGGUGUUGUGUCAUUCAAUAUGGGGUAUAACUGUGAUUACCCAAAUGUACCCAACGUUUAUACUGACGUGUCCAAAUUCCUUCCCUGGAUCAAAAAGAGCCUUAAGAAAAGAAGCUGUUAUAAAGGUGGAAGUCGAUCAUGCAGAGUGUAUAAAAAGGCCAUCUUCACAGCCCACCAGCAACAGGUUGAGUUGUCUCUGACCAUCAUGCAUCGUCUUCACAAUUUUCUGCUUCUGCUAGUUCUGGCAAAUCUGGGACGGAAUGCUCUUGGGAGUAAAAUCAUAAAUGGGAAAAAGGUGGAUGAAAACUCAAUGCUGUACAUGGCCUCAGUACAGAAUAACAGAGUUCACGAUUGCGGCGGAUUCCUCAUCAGUGAAGACUUUGUACUCACUGCUGCACACUGUGACAAGAGCUCUCUAAGUGUCGUUCUCGGUACACACGAUCUGAGGAAUGUUGAUGAUUCAAUGAGAUACAGCGUGAAGAAAUGCAAACACCCAUCUUAUGAGAGCAUUGACAAAGGGAAUGACAUCAUGCUCCUGAAAUUGUCUCAUAAGGCUCAGCUGGGUGACAAAGUGCAAACAGUUCCACUUCCAAGCCAAGACAUGGACCUGAAGGAAAAUGAACAGUGCCUUGUAGCAGGAUGGGGUAGCACAACAAGUCAUGGUGCAUCCGUCAAAGAGCUCCUACAGGCGGAUGUGUCGAUCAUCCAAACGGAUCUCUGUAAGGAGAAAUGGAAUGACAUCAUCCCUGAUAGUGUUAUCUGUGCAGGUGGAUACGGCACAGACAAAGGAUUCUGUCAGGGUGAUUCUGGCGGACCUCUGGUGUGCAACGGGAUUGCAGUCGGUGUUGUGUCUUUCAACAAGAACUUAAACUGUAGAUACCCAGAUGUUCCCAACGUCUACACUGACAUAUCAAAAUUUCUCCCUUGGAUCAAAAUGACCCUUGAGUUAAACGAUUGUUAGGUGUAAUGAUCACCUGAUCAGCUUGGCCUCUGCACAUAUUAGAGCAGACAUUUAUAACCCAUGCCAGCC